AAAAAAUGUAAUGAGUGGUGGUUAACCUAACAAUAUAACAUCACAACAAGCACACAGAAUGUUUAUUCAGCCUGACUUUUGUAUUUGCUCUCUGGCUAAUUUUAGACAACUCUGGUGGGGACCGGAGUGUUUCUCUGACCACAGGGUCGAUGGGAAGGAAGUCACCAUUAAAACCCCCCAAACAGCCUAAAAAAAGCCUCUUUGUUUAUUUCUCCAUCUGUCCGAUCAUUUCUCAUCCAACUCAUACAUGUAUAAAGAGAGACAGAAGAGAAACUGCAAUCAUAAAGGAUCAUUUGUUCUUUGUGUGUCAUCAUAUCAAGACGAUACACACAGGUGGGGCAACAUGUGUCAUGAGUCACAGAAACAGAAAAAAAAAAAAGAAAAUCAGGAAAAGUAAAAACAUGUGUGCUGGAUAUUAGCUUUCGCUGGAGUGGAUGGUUGCCAUCUUGGAACACAGUAUACAGUUCCAGUAACAGAUUAAUGAUCUAUCUGCUGUAGAAUGUAAUAGUGUUGGAAGAAUAUGCAUAACUUUUCACUCAAAGCAGAUGCAGAAGCUUACAAUAUCCAGAAAGCAUAUUACAGCAACGAUUCUUCAACUCCAUAACCAGGCUGACAAAUGUUACCCUUCCAAAUAAAAGUCAAAUCACUUCUUAAAAACAGAAACAGUACUUAAUACAAAAAAACCACAAAUAACCUAAACCAUAAUUUAAUUACAUGCAACUGUAUUUAGUGUUAUUUGUUAAACUAUUAAGCAGUAUCCUCCCACCCCAGCUACUCAGUGGGCAGUUCCUGACACAGGCAGAAGGGAAUUCAGUUUUCAAGCCGAGACAGGAAACGUGCUCACUGAACCAUACAAACAGACAGGCAGUCCACAUACACUAGCGGGAAGCCGAGCUUGAGUACACAUCGUUAUCAGUUUUUCUGUUGUGCUGCAGAGAUGCCUAACAGCAAAUUCCAACAGUGGAGAACUCCUACAUUUACUGAAGUAGCUGACAAGAAGCAAAACUGAGAGGAGUGAAAAUCAGCAACCUUUAAAAAUCCUCAAUCAGAGAGCGAUAUGGCCGACCUUGUGCCUGGACUAAUCAUUUGUCUGAUGGCAGUGCAGACCAUUCAGCAUGAUGGGAAUAGAACUGGGACCACCGCCAAUAAACAACCUGGUGUGAUACCAAAAACUUUCAGGGGGAAGAUUUACAAACUCAACCACACAAACCAGAGGCCGACCCCGCUCCAUCCCAGCACAGCCCCAAGGCUAAUUGUGAACCCAGACGAUGCUGCGACGGCCUAUACCACAGGGGUCCUUAGCACCUGGGUCAUACCUUCAUCUUACAUACUGGCCAUGCUGGUGGGUAUCCCCUCCAACGCCUAUAUUCUGACCUUCCUCAGAGUCAGACUCAGAGCCAAGUCCUUGUCCACAGUAAUUCUUUAUCUGAACCUGGCCUUGUCUGACCUGGUCCUCCUGUUUUCCCUGGUACUGCGUGUUCACUACCAUUUCAACGGAAACAACUGGAUAUUUGGGGAAAUCUCCUGCCGGCUGAUCACAGCCUUGUUUUAUGGCAACGUUUACUGUUCGGCUCAGACUAUAGCAUGCAUCAGUCUGAAGCGCUACCUGGCUGUGGUCAGACCGUUCUUGUACAGAAGACUUGCUAAGACUACACUGGCAGUGUGGACCUGCAUGAUUGUGUGGUUCCUGUUUGGGGCUGCUAUUGUGCCUGAGCUCCUGGUCAGGCAGAGCUACCAGCUUACGCAGCUGGGGGUCACGACAUGCCAUGACGUACUUCCCCUGGAAGAAAAAUCCCAUUCCCAGCUGUUGCCAUACAGGCUGAUGCUGGUUUGUCUGGGCUUCAUAGUGCCUUUCCUGAUUUGCAUUUAUGCCCACAUAGCAGUAGUGUACCACCUAGGUCAAUCUGGUUGUGACUGGAGACCAUUUAUCAGGGUCAGCACUCUGGUUUUCAUCAUAUUUGCAGUGUGUUUCUUGCCUAGUGGCAUCCUGCACAUUGUCCACUACAUCCGCCUGUUGUCCGGUGGGGAUGACAGACUGUAUGGAUAUUACAGAGUAGCUGUGUGUCUCUGCUGCUUCCACAGUUGUCUGGAUCCCUUCCUGUGUAUGCUCAUUUCUAAGACGGCAGCUUCAGAACUACAAUUCAUCUCUCUCCGUGGGAUGCCUCAGAGGCUGGCUGUUAUGAUGUGAGACUGGAUGUGUGUGCUUAGAAAAACUAUUGCACUGCUGAACUAUUGUUGAGUCACAGCAGGGAAGCACAAGCCCCGACACGAUGAUGUGAACUGUUCAAUCUGUGAAUUUAACAGGGUUAAGUCAUACCACAAUCUCUGAUAGGUCCAGAAUAACCUUUGUCACAAAGUCUGUUUUCACAUCUUUGUAAAGUAUGACGAAAGGAAUAUGCAGACUGUGUAAUCUGUACAAGCCUGUCAUGUCAACCCAGCAACAUCUCAGAUUGAGAAACCGGUGAUACAAAGAGUAUGGUGACAACAGAUAACCUAUCCUCCAUUUUUCCUUGAUAGAGGGUAGAAACAAUACAAAAUGAGACAAUAGUUUGCUUAACAUUUACACUUGUCCUUCCAGUUUUUCCACACAUGAAUAAUAUGUACAUUAUAACGUCUACAUCAACAUUAAGUGAUUAAGAUUCACAAUAAAAAUGUAUAACAUUUAUGCAUCUCCAAUAAAAAUUGAGCAUAGCAUUAGUUCAGGCAAGCCACAUAGUCAAGCUUAGCUCACAAGCCAGCUACAUCAGCUGAUGGCUCAGCUGAUUCCCUUCUAUGCAUUCAAUUGGCAAAUUUCAUACAGGGCACCUUAGUUAAAGCUGCUUCAGUCUACCUACCCUUCUUUCCUCCUCUGCAAGCUGUUUGCAACCCACCUCUACCCCAGCUCCUCCUUAUAUGCUGCAUUUGACUUAAACAAUGUCAUUCUGUUGUCCUGCUCUGC